AUGGGUGUCGCGAAGAAAACGAGAAAAUUUGGACAGGUCAAGCGGAUGAUCGGUCAAAAAGACGCCAGAUUGAAGGCAAAUCAGCAAAAGGCCGAACUCGAGGCCAAGAAGAAGAAGGAGAAGAGGACCAUUAAUGGCGAGCUGGUGCGGGAAGCGCCGCAGAUGCCCAGCAACAUGUUCUUCCAGCACAACACUGCCCUCGUCCCGCCGUACAAUGUGCUGGUCGACACCAACUUCCUCAGCCACACCGUCCAGCGGAAACUGUCGUUACUAGAGUCCAUGAUGGAUUGUCUGUACGCAAAGUGCAACCCAAUCGUCACCUCGUGCGUCAUGUCCGAGCUGGAGAAGCUGGGCCCGAGAUAUCGUUUGGCGCUGCGGGUCGCCAGAGACGAACGGUGGACGAGACUGGAGUGCGAUCACAAAGGCACCUAUGCGGACGACUGCUUGGUAGACAGGGUGAGCAAGAACAGGAUAUACAUUGUGGGAACCAACGAUAAGGCGCUGAAGCAAAGGUUACGAAAGAUUCCUGGUGUGCCACUGAUGAGCGUGGCGAGAGGAAAGUACGUGAUUGAGAGGUUGCCUGAUGCGCCUCAUUCAUAG